ACCGGGUUUAUGUUAGGUUAUGGUUUACGAUUAAAGAAAGUAAACUGAAAAGAGAAAAUUGCAGUGUAAGCAUGAAUAGAUUUUCAUUCAAGUAUAGGAACGUGAUUCUGGGUGUGACUGCGACCGCAUUUGGAUAUUAUGCAAUCCUUAUGCCACACACUGUCUUCCUUAAACAGUACAAAUAUAUGGUGGCCACAUACCAAAUGGAAAAAGAGGUGCCAUUAAACUCUAAAGUCCAGCAGAUAAUCCAGAAGGUAAUGAGCGACUUGAAACUGUCCGAUGACAUUAAGGAUGCUAUAAAGCCUUUCAGCAUAUUUGGUUUUGAUUUGCUUCACGCUGGCACUUUCAACGCUAAAUACGGCGCAAUACUGGGAAUUCCCAUUAAUUUCACCAAUACUGCAGAGCAGCUUCGCAAGAACUUGCAGAUCAAGGAGGAGCCAGUAGACUGGAUGCGGCAAGACGCGAAGGCUUUUCUGGAAGCAGUAACGUUCUCCGAGGAUGCACAAAAAUUUGCGAUAGCGCGUGAAAUCCUGCGAAUUCAGGCAGAGGAGCCGUGCUUUAAUUCACUCGUUCUGGCUUUGAUUAUAGGGACUCUGUGGACACUUUACAACGUUAUAUUGUACAGAUAUAAACUACGCAAAGGCAAUGUGAUAGCAUUGAUAGUACAACGUACGCUUUACACGACUUUUACUUUAUUUGGUGCAAUAUUUUGGUUCGGUGUAAAGGACUAUCGAAGUUAUCAGCUCGAUAGAAAGAAUGACGAAGCCUUGUGCCAUUUAGGAACCGAAUAUAUCAAGGGAGGACAGGAAUUUUACGAAAAAACGUUAAGCAGAAACAGAGCUUUGAGGACUCUCCUUGGAACAGAAGGGAAAAGUACAUAUACCGUUCACGGAAAUGAAGAGAAUUUUUUUAGACUGAAGCAUAUGCCAAUCUCCAACAGGAAAGAUUUUUUCGAUUCGCAUCUACGAAACUUGGAAGGUAUGAAAUAAAUUGAUUUCUUUAUACCUACUUAAAAUUUUAAGUAUCUUUUUUUACAUUGACCAUCCAAGAUCCUUGAAUGAUCAAAAUUCUAAUGAUAUCCAGUACGUUUUGUAAUUUCAAAAUUAUCUUUUUAUUUCCGUAAUUAACUGCAGGUUAACUAUUUCAUACGCGCAAAAAUGAAUGGAACGUUAAGUACUUAGUGUGAUCGGAAAUUUAUGUACAAACAAAAUUAAUGUAAAUACAUUUAUGACGUUAUUGUGAUUGUUGGUGAUAAGAUGCGAUAUUCGUAAUAAACUAUUUGAAAAACA